ACGAUGCUAAUGCUAUUUUAGGAACAUUAACUAUUCUUUUCUCGACCCUUACCUCCAAAGUCUGUCUCAACAGCAAAACCCUAAUUUUCUUCAAUGUCUUAGAAAUUUGUGUUGCAGAUGUCUUUGUAGCUCGAACAGUGAGAUCAUUUGCUUGCUUGCUUGGUUGAGUAUGGUGACGGAAGUUGAGAAAAUGAAAAAGGAGCGAAUCAGGAAACGGCCUCGCCUCGCCUGGGACGUGGGCCCAUCUGAACUAGAGGCGCAAAGAGCUCUGGUGGUGACUGGAAACGAAAGGGCCUCAAGGCAUGCCUCACCACCGAAAAGGGACGACGAUCGUGAGGGGCAUUACGUGUUUAAUCUUGGGGAGAAUCUAACUCCACGAUAUAAAAUACUCAGCAAGAUGGGUGAAGGCACUUUUGGCCGAGUUUUGGAAUGUUGGGAUCGUCAAACACGGGAGUAUGUGGCUAUCAAAGUAGUUCGUAGCAUAAGUAAAUAUCGUGAUGCAGCCAUGAUUGAAGUUGACAUACUUCAUCAUCUUGCUAAAAAUGAUAAAGCUAGUGGCUCACGCUGCGUGCAGAUUCAAAACUGGUUUGAUUACCGCAAUCACAUUUGUAUUGUAUUUGAGAAGCUUGGACCAAGUUUAUUUGAUUUUCUAAAGAGAAAUAAAUACUGCCCAUUCCCUGUGGAUCUUGUUCGGGAAUUUGGACGUCAGCUAUUGGAAUCUGUAGCAUAUAUGCAUGAUUUACGCCUAAUUCAUACUGACCUGAAGCCAGAAAAUAUACUUCUUGUGUCUUCUGAAUAUAUGAAGGUCCCGGGCUGCAAGAAAAAUUCUUCAGAUGAAACGCAUUUCAGGUGCUUGCCAAAGUCAAGUGCCAUUAAGCUGAUUGAUUUUGGUAGUACUGCAUUUGAUAAUCAAAACCAUAGCUCCAUUGUUUCCACAAGACAUUACCGAGCCCCUGAGGUUAUUCUAGGUCUAGGUUGGACUUAUCCAUGCGACUUAUGGAGUGUUGGUUGUAUACUUGUAGAGUUAUGCUUGGGUGAAGCACUAUUCCGGACACAUGAGAACUUGGAACAUUUGGCAAUGAUGGAGAGGGUAUUGGGGCCUCUGCCAGAGCACAUGAUUCAAAAGGCUAACCGGGGGGCUGAAAAAUAUUUCAAAAGGGGAUCAAGACUGAAUUGGCCUGAAGGAGCAGUUUCUAGGGAGAGCAUCAGAGCUGUGAGGAAGCUUGAUCAUCUCAAGGAUAUGUUAUCUCAACAUGUAGAGAGCUCUAGGUCCUCGCUCAUAGGUCUGUUGCAUGGUUUAUUGGAGUAUGAGCCAUCUGAACGUCUAACAGCUAACCAAGCUCUUAAUCAUCAGUUUUUUAAGAUUCCAACUUAAGGAAACCUCACCAUGAGCCAUGAGGACAUCAAUUGUUUACUCUUGCUCAGACCAUGGGUCGUGCAGAUCACUUGUAUUUGUACAAAUAUGAAUUUAAUGUAAGUAUUCCUUUUAUGCGAGAGGAGUUUUUCCUUGGCCAAGUUGAAACAGGUCCAUGACAUUGCUACCUUUGUGCAAUAGUAAUAAAUCUUAUUAUAUUUCAACAGCUA